AUGGAAGAGCUGGUGGGCCUGCGUGAGGGCUCCUCCGGGAAGCCAGUGACUCUGCAAGAGCUGUGGGGUCCAUGUCCACGCGUCCGGCGAGGCAUCAGAGGGGGCUUGGAGUGGCUGAAAGAGCGGCUGUUCCGUGUGGGCGAGGACUGGUACUUCCUGAUGGCUCUCGGGGUGCUCAUGGCUCUGAUCAGCUAUGCCAUGAACUUCGCUAUCGGGCGUGUGGUCAGAGCGCACAAGUGGCUGUACAGGGAGGUUGGCGAUGGCCACCUGCUCCGGUAUCUCUCCUGGACUGUGUACCCCGUGGCCCUUCUGUCCUUCUCCUCUGGCUUCUCCCAGAGCAUCACACCUUUCUCUGGAGGGUCUGGACUCCCAGAGCUGAAGACCAUGCUGUCUGGUGUGGUACUGGAGAAUUACCUAGACAUCAAGAACUUUGGGGCCAAGGUGGCGGGCCUCUCCUGCACCCUGGCAACAGGCAGUACCAUCUUCCUGGGCAAAGUGGGCCCCUUUGUGCACCUGAGCGUGAUGAUUUCUGCUUACCUGGGCCGUGUGCGCACCAAGACCUUCGGGGAAUCUGAGAAAAAGGCCAAGGAAAUUGAAAUGCUCUCGGCAGCAGCAGCAGUGGGCGUGGCCACAGUCUUCGCAGCCCCCUUCAGCGGUGUCCUGUUCAGCAUCGAGGUCAUGUCCUCUCACUUCUCCGUCUGGAACUACUGGAGGGGCUUCUUCGCUGCCACCUGUGGGGCCUUCAUGUUCCGUCUCCUGUCGGUCUUCAACAGUGAGCAGGAGACCAUCACCUCCAUCUACAAGACCCGAUUCCGAGUGGACGUGCCCUAUGACCUGCCUGAAUUCUUCUUUUUUGUGGCUCUGGGGGUCAUCUGUGGGGUCCUGAGCUGCGCUUACCUCUACUGCCAGCGCACUUUUGUCCGCUUCAUCAAGACCAACCGGUACACCUCCAAACUGCUGGCUACCAGCAAGCCGUCGUAUGCAGCUCUGGUCGCCUUGGUCCUGGCCUCUGUUACCUAUCCACCGGGUGUGGGCCGCUUCAUGGCUUCCCGGCUGUCCAUGGCAGAGCAUUUGCACUCUCUGUUUGACAACAACUCAUGGGCACUGAUGACCCGGAACUCGUCCCCACCCUGGCCCGCUGAGCCUGAUCCCCAGAACCUGUGGUUUGAAUGGUACCACCCACGCUUCACCAUCUUUGGGACUCUGGCCUUCUUCCUGGUCAUGAAGUUCUGGAUGCUGAUCCUGGCCACCACAAUCCCGAUGCCUGCUGGGUACUUCAUGCCCAUAUUCAUCAUUGGAGCUGCCAUCGGGCGCCUCUUGGGAGAGGCCCUGUCUGUUGCCUUCCCAGAGGGCAUUGUUGCUGGAGGAGAGGUCAACCCCAUCAUGCCUGGGGGCUAUGCUCUGGCUGGUGCUGCCGCCUUCUCGGGGGCGGUAACCCACACCAUGUCCACGGCGCUGCUGGCCUUCGAGCUGACUGGCCAGAUUGUUCACGCGCUGCCCGUGAUGAUGGCAGUGCUGGCGGCCAACGUCAUCUCCCAAAACUGUCAGCCCUCUUUCUACGAUGGCACCAUCAUGGCCAAGAAACUGCCAUACCUGCCUCGGAUCCGAGGCCGCAAGAUCGGCUCCUACCCUUUGACUGUGGCUCACUUCAUGAACUGCACCCUCACCACACUGGCCAAGGACAUGCCCCUGGAGGAAGUGGUCCAGGCUGUGACCUCCACAGAUGUGGCCCAGUAUCCCUUGGUGGAGACCAGAGAGUCUCAGACCCUGGUGGGCAUCGUGGAAAGGACUCACUUGGUGAAAGCCCUCCAGACUGAGCCUGCUUCCUGGGCUCCAGGCCAAGAGCGCUUUCUCCAGGACAUCUUGGCUAGUGGCUGUCCCACACAGCCGGUGACCCUGCAGCUGUCCCCAGAUACCUCCCUGUACCAGACGCACAGCCUCUUUGAGCUGCUGACCCUGCAGAAGCUGUUCGUGACAUCACAGGGCAGAGCUGUGGGCUCCGUGUCCUGGGCGGAGUUGAAGAAAGCAAUUUCCACCUUGAUCAACCCACCGGCCCCCAAGUGA